AUGGCAUCUAGUAGUGUUAGCAGCAGACUUGUCCUUGGCAGAGGUUGGAAUGGCUUGUUUCGACAAGCGAGAGGGAACCGACGGAAUUUCUCGAAUCGCACAAGUAUUGCCGACAUUCUCCAAUCCGUCCAGGAUGGAUCCAUGAACCUCCAAGAGGCCGAACAGCGGCUCUCCAGCAACAAUAACAACAACAAUAGUAAAGUACUCGAAUCCUUUGCCAAUCUGGAUCACACACGGUCGCUUCGGACGGGAUUCCCCGAAGUCGUUUUUGCCGAAACCAAAACACCCCAACAAGUUGCAAUGAUUAUGGAUGACAUGGCACGGCAUGUCAACAGCGAGACACUACUUUCAAACAACAAUAAGAACGACAAUCAUCCAGGGGCAAGUGCGGCAAUAUUGGCGACAAGGGUAACGCCGGAAAUGAACCACGCAAUAUCCUCCCUCCAAUUGGAGCACGGGACCCUCACAUAUCAUGAACAGGCUCGAAUUCUUUCCAUGAAAGCGAAUGCUCUGGAACAGUAUCCACCAACAAACAACAAUAAUAGUUCCUUUGAUGGACACGUCGUGGUCGCCACGGCCGGUACCACCGACUUGCCCGUGGCCGAAGAAGCCGCGGUUGUCUUGGAGGCCGCCGGAGUGACCGUAGAGCGUAUUUACGAUGUCGGUGUGGCCGGACUCCAUCGUGUUGUACGGGCACUGCCGCGACUGCAGGAUGACACCGUGGGGGCCGUCAUUGUGUGUGCGGGCAUGGAUGGGGCAUUGCCCAGUGUUGUGGGCGGACUGGUGCAUGUCCCCGUAUUUGCCUGUCCCACCAGUAUCGGGUACGGUGUGUCGUUGGGAGGCGUGUCGGCCAUGUUGACCAUGUUGAACUCGUGUGCUCCGGGUGUGUCCGUCUUGAAUGUGGACAAUGGAUUUGGGGCCGCCGCAUGUGCCUUCAAAGUAGUGGCGCGGCGGAAGAAAUAA